GGCGGUCGGGGCUUGCGGGCGGCGGCGGGAGCCGUGCGGGGCCCGGGCGGGCGGCGGCGGCGGCUAUGAUGGGCGCGUGUUGGGGGCCGGCGGUGCGGGUGCUGGUGCUGCAGGCGGCGUGGGCGCUGGUCGGCGGUCAGGUGCGCUACUCGGUGCCGGAGGAAGCGAAGGUGGGGACGGUGGUGGGGCGUGUGGCGCAGGAGCUGGGCCUGGAGGCGGGCGAGGCGGAGGCGCGGCGGCUGCGGCUGGUGGCGCAGGGCCGGCGGGCGAGCGUGGAGGUGAGCGGGGCGAGCGGGGCGCUGGUGGUGAGCGGGCGGCUGGACCGGGAGGAGCUGUGCGGGAAGAGCGCGCCCUGCGCCCUGCGCCUGGAGGUGCUGCUCGAGCGGCCGCUGCGCGUCUUCCACGUGGAGCUGGAGGUCACCGACAUCAACGACAACGCCCCGCUCUUCCCCGCCGCCCGCAAGAACCUCAGCAUCCCCGAAUUAAACACCGUGCCGGGGUCCCGUUUCCCGCUGGAGGGCGCGUCGGAUGCGGAUAUCGGAACGAACGCGCAGCUCUCCUACACUCUCAGCCCCAGCGAGUACUUUUCUUUGGAUUUGCGGAAAAAUGAGGAAGACAGUGAGUUUUUAUUCCUGGUGCUCGCCAAACCUCUGGACCGUGAGACGGAGCCCGUGCACCGUUUGUUGCUGACGGCGAGUGACGGGGGCCGUCCGUCUCUGUCGGGCACGAUGGAGCUGGUGAUCUCGGUGCUGGACGCGAACGACAACGCGCCCCAGUUCAACCAAUCAGUGUAUAAAGUGCAGCUGCCGGAGAAUGCGGAACGUGGUACUUUAGUGAUCAGACUAAAUGCCACGGAUUUGGAUGAGGGAACAAACGGAAAUAUCUCGUAUUCUCUGCAGCACUUGUUCCCUAAGGGUGGAAGAAACGUUUUCGGGAUCGAUGCUCAGAGCGGCGAGAUCCGUCUGAGGGGUGACUUGGACUUUGAGGACGUUGGUCUCUAUCGCCUGCAAGUGGAUGCGGGAGAUGAGGGCAGUCCCCCACUGUCGGGCCACUGCAAGGUGGUGUUGGAGGUUUUGGACGAGAACGACAACGCGCCCGAGGUGCGGGUGACGUCGCUGUCGGUGCCGGUGCCGGAGGACGCGUCGGUGGGGACGGUGGUGGCGGUGCUGAGCGUGUGGGACCGUGACUCGGGGUCGAACGGUCGCGUGCGUUGCUCGGUGUGGCCGGCGAGUCCGUUCGGUCUGGUGUCGUCGGUGUCGGGGUCGUACUCGCUGGUGGUGCGUGAGGCGCUGGACCGGGAGCGCGUGUCGGAGUACGAGGUGGAGGUGCGUGCGGAGGACGGCGGGGCGCCGGCACUGGUCGGGAGCAGGCGGGUGCGGGUGCCGGUGGAGGACGUGAACGACAACGCGCCGGCGUUCGCGCAGGCUGUGUACACUGUGCUGGCGCGGGAGAACAAUGCGGCGGGGGCGGAGCUGGCGCGGGUGCAGGCGCGGGACCCGGACGAGGCGGGCAACGGUCGCGUUCGGUACUCGUUGUGGGAGGGCGGCGUCGGAGCCGCGGGGGCGGUCGGGGGAGUGAUUUCGGCGUCGAGCUACGUGUCGGUGGAGGCGGAGAGCGGUCGCGUGUGGGCGCUGCGUCCGCUGGACUACGAGGAGGUGCAGGUGCUGGAGUUCGAGGUGCGUGCGGUGGACGCGGGGGAGCCGUCGCUGUGCGGCAACGCGACGGUGCAGGUGUGGGUGUUGGACGAGAACGACAACGCGCCGUCGCUGCUGCCGGCCGCGGGCGUCGGGGCGGGCGCCGGGGCGUCGGGCCGGUCGUCGUCGGUCUGGGAGUCGGUGUCGGGAGAGUCGUCGGGUUCGCUGUGGGCGUGGGCGGCGUGGGGGACGCCGGCGGGGCAGGUGGUGGCCAAGAUCCGCGCGGUGGACGCGGACUCGGGCUACAACGCGUGGCUGCGCUACGAGGUGUGGGAGCCGCGGGGGAAGGGCCCGUUCCGCGUGGGGCUGUACAGCGGCGAGGUGAGCACGGCGCGGGCGCUGGAGGAGGCGGACGGCCCGCGGCAGAGGCUGGUGAUCGUGGUGCGGGACCACGGCGAGCCGGCGCGCUCGGCCACGGCCACGCUGAGCGUGUCGCUGGGGGAGGGCGGCGAGGCGGCGUCGGCGUCGUCGGGCGCGGGGUCGUCGGGGCCGGGGCUGCGGGCGUCGUCGGGCGCGGAGGGUGGCUCAUCGUCCUUGUCGUCCUUGUCGUCGUUGUCGUCGUCGACGAACGCGUGGCUGGUGGCGGCCAUCUGCGCGGUGUCGGGGCUGUUGGUGGUGGCGGUGGUGCUGUGCGGAGCGUGGCGGUGGGCGCCGCGGGCGGGCGCGCUGUCGGGGCGCGGGCCGGCGACGCUGGUGUGCGCCAGCCAAGUGGGGAGCUGGUCGUACUCGCAGCGGCAGAGCCGGAGCCUGUGCGUGGCGGAGGGCGCGGGCAAGAGCGACCUGAUGGUGUUCAGCCCCAACUGCCCGCCGCCGCCCGCCGCCGCGGCCAAGGAGACGCAGCCGGAGCCGCCCGCUCUGCUGGACACGGAAUCCUGUGAGGUGAUGGCAGAAGGACAGAUGGGAGAGGGACUCCAGUGACUUUCUCGGAGUGGAUACAUUGAGCAUCGCUGGGAUGAUCUCAUCCAAAAUUCCGUGGCUUUCCCGUUGUCUCUUUUGUUUGGCUGAGUGCAGUGUGGCUCCUGCUGAUGGAAGAGAGAAUUAUUCCGU